GUGCUGAAUGCCAGCAUGGAAGACGGGAGCUGCGGCAGCGCCAUGCGGGCCCUGGGGUAACGCAGCGGGGAUCGCGCUGUCCGACAGAUCAUUUCAAGUCAUCAUAUUUAAAGACAACUUGCAGGAGAUUCAAUUCUGACAAUCCACCACCCCAAAUUGGCAUGGGUGUGGGGUAAAUUUUCCUGGAACAUGGUUUCUUUAAUCUGCAGGGAACCACUGUCUGCCUCCGAUCUUCCAUGUGGGCAAAACAUGACUGUGCCACAAUCUGGAGAUGUAUCAGCGCUCACCCUUCUGCAGAAUGAUGCCAGUCCUUCCUCUCCAUGUCUGCCAGAACAGCCUGAUAACAGUACCGUCACGACACAGAAGACGGGUGUUGAUGAAGGAGGCUUUAAAGAUGUGGAAGGAAUUAUUUUAUCCCAACUGGUAAAAUCAGCGGAGGAACCAAAGACUGCUACUCCAAUGACACAGUUAAAACUCCCAGAUUUUUGUGCCCAGAUCUCUGGAGACUUCAGUCCUACACUAGAAGAAAUUGAGGAGUUUUUAAUGGAAAAGAUGGACCUUAUCCGAGAAGAGCUGGUUGAGAAGAAGCCCAUGCCUGGAACUUGGGUUCAGAAUUGCACGACAAUUGAGCAGACUUCAGAUACAGACACAACUGAACGAACUGAAGAUGUAUCAACUCCACUAUCUCCAGAUACUUCAGCCAGUCCACCUUCCACGACAAGCAAUAUUCCGGUCAUCCUUCAAAUCCAACCUGUGCCUGGUGCUGCUUCUUUGGCACAGAGCACGAUGGGUGGUGUCCGUCUUACACAGCUUGUAAUCAGUGUACAGGGCCAAAGCCUGGCACUGGCUCCAGUCCCAGGACCUACUUCACCUGGGGACCAAAAGUAUGUUAGAAUUGCUCCUCUACCAGUGGCUGUCCGGCCAUUGACUUUAGGAGGAGUACUUGUCAGUGAAGGGCAGCAGAAAAUCCCGAAGGGUGGUCAAACAGUGAUCAGAGUUCAUAAAUGCAGUCACCCUGGAUGUAACAAGAUGUACACCAAAAGCUCACACCUUAAAGCCCACUUCCGGCGACACACGGGGGAGAAGCCUUAUGUUUGCACAUGGCCAGAGUGUGGAUGGAGGUUUUCCCGUUCUGAUGAGCUUUCAAGACACAAGAGAUCCCACUCUGGAGUGAAGCCAUAUCAAUGUACUGUAUGUGACAAGAAGUUUGCCCGGAGUGACCACCUGUCCAAACACAUGAAGAUACAUCGGGGCCAGAGAGUUGGUGGAUGUCGUACACCACGACCCAGCACUUAACCUUUUUUUUGGUUUGUUUGCGUUCCACUAGGUGGGCAGAAUAAAAUAAGUUGCUGCUUUAACAAAAUAUACCCUUAGUCUAUGAUGUGAACUUAAAGGAACUGUAUAGCAAGACCAAUGGUUAAAACUGGAUCAACCCAUGCCGAAUCAAUUGCGCCUACUAGGAGUUAUGUGACAUAGACUUGCCAGUCCCACAGAUUGUGAUGAUAACUUCGACAGAAGUUACUGUGCUAUGUUGUCCGUGGCUGUUUUUUUUUUUUUUUUUGGAACACGCCUCUCUUGUGUGUAGAGGUAGAGACCUUUGCAAUAUCCCUGUGAAUAUACCCCUACCUCUCUGUUGACAGUUACUUGUUUUAAUGGGUUAAAUGAAAGACCUUACUAAGUGGUCUGUUCAUAUACAACCCCAUAAGCAUCUGUAAUUUUGUACAGGUUUUACACAUUUUAAAGGAUGUUACAUUUAUGGCACUGCUGUGUAAAGGCAGUCGUUGCAUUAUUUUUUGUUAUUGCCCUUUAAGAUGGGCAUAAAGUUAAUACAUAUAGAAGAGAAUAUAUGUAGGUACAAGGUAUGUGAGUGCACCUACAUUUUACAGCAUUCUGUAUACCAUAACAUGCACUUACAUAAACCCAUUAUGACUGCAUCAUACACACUGGAGACUGUUACGAAAAUUUCAUUUUAGAAUUGAAAUAACACUAAUGUGAAGAUGUCCUCACUGCUAUAACUAAAUGCUCUUACUUAUGUACAAUAUUAAACGCGACCUGUGAAACCCCCCAAAAAAGUGCCAAAUAGUAUAUUACCUUUUUUCCCAGUGCUCCCCAUUUCUAUAUCCACUUCUUUUCAAAAGUUCCUUCAUUUCCCAAUUAUUGUCUCUGUUAAUUUUGGUGUCCGAUAUGUUCCUUGGCCACGCAUUGUCCAAAUGGAUGACUAGGUUGACAACUGGGCAUGAACACUCCAUGUAGCGACAGUGGUCAAUGAGAGAGGACUGUGCCAGAGCAGUUUUAGUAGUGAGAUCUGGUAGCUGUACAAUACCACGUGAUCUUGCCUUCUUCAAACAGCGAAACGUGCUGCUCAUCAUUGGCCAGGACAAAGCAGGUCAAUGCCAGGAUGCAGAAUCAGCAGUGAUGAAAAUUUCCACUCGUUUUAGUAAGCCAGAACAUUUGCAACAUGAGGCGCUCUUUUGGCUCCCAAUUAGCUCUCCAUUUCAUACCACUUUCUGUUUCAGCCCCUCCCUUUUUAACAGGAAGUAAGGAGGGAGAUCAAAAUAAAUUCUCAAUCGGCUCUCCUAUGGCAGGUGGAUUCCAUUGUUCACAUAAGGGAGCCGGCUUGUUCAGGACCAACACAGAACUAGUCGGCAGAAUCAAACUGACCAAAGGGAAGGGUGCAUGUCCCACUGAAGAGAAAAAACUAUCCUGGGAUCUCUCUACAGUAUCGGUGCACCAAGUUGGCUAGUUGACACUAGGCAAGUAGGAGCGUGCAAUUGUCAAUUUAUUCACACAUUUGCACACUAUGUGAAUAAUUUACAUAUUAAGGGCCAGCAAUAAUGAAGGGCGGGAGUGGAUAAAAAAACAGAUGCAAGGGGGACAAAGCUAAUACAAUAUAUGACACUUUUUUGGAUGGGUACAGGUCAUAGGAGCUGUCAUAGUGGGAUACCUUCUUUUAUCCAUGAAAUGUGUCAUGUUCUUCACCUUCCAUCGGUAUCGACUGUAGUUGUUAAGCACUUCAAAACUGUGAUAAAGCCCCGACAUGUUGGCUCAUCCUCCCCAUGUACAAUGUUGCAGUGACUCCUGUCCUUUUCAGUUCAGAAAAGUGAAGCAGUCAUCUGAAGGUUGUAUAAGAUACUGAAGGUCCAGGUAUCUAGACCAUGGACUGCCUCUACCCAUUGAGGGAGCAUUAGUGAUUCAUAUUUUGUGGGUGACUAAAGACUGAAAUUCACCCACCAUUACAGGUCUUCUUACAUACCGUUACCUGUCUAUUCCAUGUAUAGAACAUUCAAGUAUUACUAUGAGAACAACAAAGUCUAAAACUAUUAAAAAAAAACAUUUUUGUAGAACAUCACCAGUCUAAUAUUACCAUGGUUUCUACACCGUGACACAGUUGAAUGUUAAACUCUAUGUAACUUGGUUCAUUAGAUCUUUAUGGAUAAUUCUAGAAGACUUCUACUAGCUAACAAUACACCAUAACUACAUCGGUUUAUAUACAGUAUCUGAUAAAAAUGUGUUAGAAACUAAAGUCUGUAUACCUGUAAAUGAAUCACUUCUAAAAUAUAGGGACUUUAGGUCUCGUCUUCCAUAAAAUGUAAUGUCUCUACUGAUAAAUUACUGUACAAUUCUUACUGUUGGCAGAUAAGAGUCCCAGCAGAGUGGACAGUAGACCUAAUAUUGCAGUGGUGCUGUAUACUCUUUGGAUCUCUUGGAUCUGUUGGUGUUUUGCAUUUUAGUUGGGUUUGGUUGGGAUUUAGAUAUCUUAGAAAUCAUCAGUCUUCCAAUGGGUGUCUUGUUGUACUCGCACAGAGCAUGGAGGGGAUAUUUCUGUGUAUAUGUAGAUAUUUAAUUUAUACAGAGUUGGGAUAGAUCUACUUUCACUGGCACUUCUGUUACAGAUAAUGUAUUUCCAGUCUGUUCCAUGAGCAUUGUGAUCACUGCAGCAUAGGCUUUAUAUAAAGGUUGGAAAUGUACAAGUUUAAUUUGGCGCUUGCCAAUUAUUCAUUUAACCUAGAAGUUCAAUGUUUCCAAUGUAUUUUGGGGUGAAGGAGAAAAGGGUGGAGAAAAAAAUUACAUUGGUUCAAAUAAAUUCAUGGCAUUAUUAUAUAGUAUGCCCUAUGCACCAAGCCAUUCUUGACAAAUGUUGGCUCUUGCUUGCCUGGGAUACUGGGUAGACCGCACUUAAAGGGGUUGUAUCAGACUGCUGGUUCUCAACCCAGUUUAAUAUUUUAUGAUCUGGAACAGGUCUGUUGUGUAGGAGAAGUUCUCGAUAGCUCCAUUAUAGAGGAUGGCCUGACUAAGGGAUUCUCUUUUUAAUGCCUAAUUUGGAAUUUGAGGCUAUUAUAAUGAUAUACUGCAUAGUACUUAUAAUCUUCCACUUUUAAGGUGUAUCCUAUUAUUCACCUCUGCAAUAGCCUUUUGUGCUGCAAUAAUGAUUACACCCGCUAUGGGCUCCCUUUUUCAGCCACUACUAUAGGAAUGAGUGAUUUGUGUUAUGGUGCCAGGUGUAACUAGAUACCUAAAUAUUAGAUAUUAAAACUAUCUUAUUGUAUUUCUUUAAAGGGUUAUUCCAACAACAGACAUUGAUGGGAUACCCUCAGAAUGCUAGAUCCAGCUUAAUGUUAAUUUUCACGUGUCGGCGCUUGAAUGAAUUCUGGUUUAUAUUAGAGCCUAUAGCAUAGUGCUAUAAUGCAGCAGGAAGGCAUCAACUUCAUAAUUGAAUGUCCUUGCUUGUGGGCACCCUGUUGGGAGAAAUCUGACUAAUCUGUGUUAUACAAAGUGACAUUGAGUGAUAGAGUGCUGAGUUACAAUUGUGGGGGAUAAAACUAGUCUUAAUUAGUAUCUUGAGCUGAUAUAAGUGGAAAGAAUAUUAUAGCUUAUUCUUCAUUAACGGAUUAGGUCUGCAUUGUGUAGUCAGUUUUCAAUGUUAAUGUGCUGUGCCGCCAUUAACAAUGAAGACCGGCUAAAUAAUGUGCUUCUAAUUAGUUAAUUGGAUGCCGCUCGCACAGCCGCACGGUACUUGGCCGCAUUGUGUGGUCGUACCCUUAUUGUCCAUUAAUCAUAGAGGCUUGAAUAUAAUUGUAUGCUGCUGUUAAAACGAUGACUGAAAAUCCAGGCAGUACUGCUGUCUUGUUACGUGAUCUUUUAUAUGCUCCGUUUUAUUGCUUGUCCACAACAGGUUGCUGCAACCUGUGAACACUUUGAAGGGAUUCUCCGUUACACAUUUAUAUUUUCCCAAAAAUAUGAUUAAUGCAGUAUUUGGUGUAGAAAGCCAUGGUUUAAAUCCUUCCAAGCAUCCUUGCCUUUUUUUGGUCUUCACUUUGUUUGAGAACCUACUUUAGCUGAAGACUGGCUGCCACAAAAUCACUACCAAACUGUAGCUGUUAGGGUAACCCUUAUUGACCAGACUACAUUCCUCCCGUUUUGGAUCUCAAAUCUCGGCAUGUAUAAACUAUUCCCUGUUCCAGCAGGGAACGCUCCCAAAACUGCAUAGCGGCAGCCUUUUCAUGCAAAUCUACACACGUCCUGUUUAUGUGGUCACCUUCGUGGUUCAACCUUGCAGAAAACAGGACACUUGUGAGGUAUGCAUACGGAGACAUGACUUGCCGUAUCCGAUCUUCUCAAAUCUGGACUGACAACCUGCUGACUGCAGAGAAAGCAAACGCAGAUGGCGUCUGUCAUGCCCAAACCACACCUUUCUCAAGUUGUAGUAUUAAUCAGAUUUCCGUUUUUCGUAAUACAUAUAACUGGUGACUCUCUUUAAGAAAAAUAAAGGGUAUUUUUUUUUUUUCAUGUUUUAAAUUCUAAGUAUUGUAUAGUUAUUUUUAUAUUCUGAUCUUACAGUUUGUUCUAAAGGUUUAAUAAACAUUAUGUAUUUUCCAGGUGUUGCCUUGGCAUAAUAAAUAAUG